GAGCUGGGAAUACUGGAGGCGUCGAGGGAUCUGUCAUCCUCGCAGGAGAGCAAGCCCACAACUCCGCGCAGCGAGGUGAGGAGGGCGCCGAGGCAGCGGGAGCUGCUGCUGCCACAACGCAAGUCAGCUCGCAUGGCCGCCAAGGGGGACCGACCAAGAUACGUUGAGGAGGUCGAAGUCAAGCCACUGGCUCGCCCAAGGCAAGCGGGCCGCCGUGUGAGCCGCGAGGCAGAGUAUCACCGCCGCGUGCCAGCCUCACCAGAGGCAGAGGAAAAGGCGCUGAGAGCAGCCCUCUCUCUGGCUGACGCUCUGAAGGCGGAUGGGGCGGCUGCGCGGCAAGGAAAGGAUAAGGGAAAGAUGGGAGAAGGACGGAGAGGAAAGGGAGAAGGGUUGGCGAUGGUGAAGGCGAUGGUGCGAUCUCACGUGCACGGCUGCUUCUGGCUGGGCCUGAACAGAAGCUUCUGCACAGCACACCUCCCUCGCAGCAUAGCCACUCUCACUCUCAAAGUCGACCCCCCACAAGGCACUGCGGAUCCCAAGGAUAGCACCGGAGUUGAUUCCUCUCAAGGCACUACAGAUUUGAAAGACAGUGCUCAACUCGAUCCCUCUCAAGGCACCAGCGAGGUGACUUUUGAUUCGACUCAAAAGUCACCUGAUUUUAAGAGCAGCAGUGGAGGUGGGGAUUCCUCUCAAGGCACUAGCGGCGAUUCAAAAGACAGCACCGGAAAAAAGGGAGAUGGGGACGGGGAGGGAAACAGGAGAGACGUGAAGGCAGACCGAAAACGGGCGAGGGGCGGAAAGCAGGGGUCGCAAGAGGGGGAUUCGGAGGAGGGGGGGUUGCAGCAGCUGCUGGGGGAGAGGAGGGCGGUGAUGGGAGGGGUGUAUGCGGUGGGGGAGGGCGAGUGGCGUGCCACCUACCUGCCGCACAAGACGGGGUUGAGUGGCGGGUGGCGGGGGUUUGCAAUGGAUCAGGAGCUUGAUGCGGGCGAUGCCGUGGUGUUUGAGAAGAUGGGCCCACACACACUCAAGGUAUGUAUGUGGGUGCAGUGCGGUGAAGGUGUAUACGUUCAAGGUCAGGCGGGGUUGGGUUGGGAUAUGAUGGGGUGGAGGGGGUUUGCUAUGGAUCAGGAGCUGGAUGCGGGCGAUGCCGUAGUGUUUGAGAAGAUGGACCCGCACACGCUCAAGGAAUUGGAUGCGGGCGACGCGGUGGUGUUUGAGAAGAUGGAUCGAGACACUCUUAAGCGGGGGUUUGCUAUGGAUCAAGAGCUGGAUGCGGGCGAUGCCGUAGUGUUUGAGAAGAUGGACCCGCACACGCUCAAGGUUCACAUCUUCAGAGCAGCAGACUUCGAAGAGGAGGCACAGGAGAUCAAGUCGGAGGGCAGGCCCGCCAGUACUAAGAGGAGAAUGAAGGCAUAA